CUUUAGCAGAACAUUUUGAUAGAGCGACCAUUGCCGACCGACUUGCACUCUUUGAAACUGCUGGAAGGAACAAUCACAAUUAGUUUAUUUGGCUAUAAGCGCUCACAACGGUCACACAAUACCCAACCGUGGAAUUUCUAAACAGACAAUAAACAAGACCAAAAUAGGAUGCAAGGCGUUUUCGUCUUACUAUUGUACCUAGGAUUACGUUCCCCUGUUGCAUUUUCGGGUUCCUUGCUUCUGGAGGACAUGGAAGGGUCAGGUGAUGACAUGGAAUUUUCCGGCUUACAGGAAUGGAUAGAGGACAAUAGCACGGAAGUAGCCGUCGUUGGUGUGAAUGUAUCUGCAGAGCUGCCUUUUGAACCACAAAUGCCAAGCACCAGUGUGUCGGCCAGCCCCCCCGGGCAAAGCGCCCCCCCGCACGCGAGGCACAAAUCGGCUGAGAAAGACGAUUUAAAGAAGCCAGUGGCCACCAGGUCUACACCUGAAGACAAGGAGACCCUGCAGGACCUUGAAGGCUCUGGGGACGAACGUUAUUCCGGGGAAGGUCCAGUUUCCAUAUCCCUUACAACACAGACGAGUGCUGACAGCAUGUCUGAAGAUGAGUUCAUCCCACGUGUCUGGAUUAACGACACACGGGAAAAAACUGACGACUUUAACUUUGAACCACCAAAGAUGACGGAGACGAGAGACUCGUCUUUCGACAGCCUGGCGAAGAGCCAUGGUCUUCUGGAGAGAACCGAAGUUCUUACAGGGGUCACUGCUGGGUGCUUGGUGGCUUUUGCACUGGCAAUUACCUUGAUAUCUUUCAUGGUGCAUCGGCUGAAGAAUAAAGAUGAGGGCAAUUAUGACAUGGGCAACGAGAGACACGCCAACGACGGAUACCAGAAGCCGGCAAGGCAGGAGGAGUGUGAGACUUGACUGUUCUCCUUCACCAAACGCACGUGACCAGAGUCAUUCCACUAAUCAGAUGGCCUUUCUCAGUGUGUCUGGGUAUCUGUACCAGGGAGUGUGUACGUUUAUAAGGAGGUUCAUCCCCAUCGUCAUCAUUUCUCUCCUGUUGCAAAGUUCAAUAUCAUUUAUCAUUCUUAAAUUUACUACAUACAAUUUUUUUUUGGAGGGGGGUUGGCUUACUGAGACCAAAAUGAGUGACUGCAGACAGAAAAGACCAAAUAUAACACAUUUUUCUUUAUUUGACAUGUUUGUACAUUUUUUUUCUAGACCAAAGGGCAUAAUAUUGGGACACAAUAGGAAUAUAAACCGUAGCAGGGAAAAAGCAUUAAAAGUUCAAAAAGAGGCUGUGUUACGAGAAAAUGGUGCAAAUCUUUGACCUACCUCAAGCUGCAUUUAACAAUUAUCCCGAGCAGUGGGUUGACUAAAUAAUAUCUGCACGUCAAGAUGUGAGAAUCCGCGGGCAACAAAUUUCACAGCUUCCAUUUUCAGUCAGAUUCUCUGUCUCUGCUUGUCGAUUUUAAUGUCAACAUUUUUUGCACAUUCCCUCCAUCGCACAAGCAAGUGCUUUGCCAGUAAUUCAGCUGCAGGAUCUGUGAACUGGGUAUCAUCAGUAUCACGUAUCCCUCCCACUGCCAGACCAUCAGUUACAUUUAUUUUUAUUUUGCCUAAAGUGACGUACUAGAGAAGCAGUACAGCUUUCCAGGCAAGGAGCAUGCAACUGUUUAAGAGGAAGUAAAACCGCAAAUGUAUGUGUUCCUGCUCUCCUUAAGUACAAAAGAAAGUUAUUUGUGCAAGGCAAUUUCCCCCUCCGUCAAAAUUAAAACUAUAGAAACCAUUAUGCAGAGAUUACCAGGUGAAUCUGUAAAAUGUUCGCUAGCAACUCGGAAAUGUGUCUCAACGUAAAAUGUAGUGAAUUAUCUAAAGAGCUCAUGCUGACCAAAUGUAAGGGAAAUGUACUUUUGUAAAGAUUGAUUGAGGAAACGCUGGAACUGAAAACAAUGGCUUGGUUCCAGAGACUUGAAUGAACUCGGAUGCUAAAAGUUCCACCAAAACCCAGAAAUGACUGAAAGAUAUGAUAUGUAAGAUAAUACACUUUUUUUUCUUGCCUGGGGCAUUCCAGAAACUUCCCUGGCUACAUGUCUAACUCAGCUGAAUGCCUGAGAUGGUUGAAAUCAUCAGCUACCAAAUCCGUAUAAUGAUCCGUAUAAUGAUGACUGUGCAAAUUCUGUUCUUGUUACAGGCAAUUUGCUGAGUUUUGCUUUUUGUGUGUAAAAUAUUGUCUGAUUUUGUUUGUGUCAAGGCGAUAUCAUUUGCUUUUGUUUAAUAAUUGAAUAAAACAUGUUUGCAUCAUCA